UGACCGCGCCUUUCCCUAGUCACGCAACCAGCUCUCCUUCUCUCCUCUCGCCUACAGCAAACACCACCACCACCUUCGACAUCCACAAGUUCCUAAUCACAAGCCCACUCCCACCCCACCAACACCAUGAACAAUCUACCCAGGGAACACGGUAUCACGCUCGCCAGCGCUGUUCUCACAACGGCCACGACCACCGGGCUCUCGUGGCUCGGGUUCAAGGCCUGGAACGUCGACACCGAGUACUACGAGGCCGAAGCGCGCGAGCGGGCUGAGCGCGAGGGCGCGGAUAACGAAGGCGCCGGCGUUAGAGACACGAUGCGGAGCACUGCGGGCUACAACGGAUAGCGAGCUGAUGUGUGCAUGGACUGGGCUUAUUGACGAGUGUAACGGGAUUUGCGGAAACUGGAGGUUCGGGUUGGAAGGAUCUGAGGCCGCUGUCGAGGAACCGGG